AUGGAAGCUCCUCGAAACCGAAAACAACGACGGGCAGCUGCCUCAUCGAAAGCCGAAUCCGAUACCUUCGAUCCCUCCUCCAUCCCCCUUGCCCGACCCCCAUCGAACGACCACUCGAACGCAAAAACCCUGGUGGAUAUAAUCGCGGAAAGGCAGGCUGAGCUAGGAAACCCGAUCGGAAAUACAGGCCCGAUAAAAAGUCUCAAGACACAAUACGUGACCAUCGACCCGGCCACGGGCAAGAUCUCUUCGCUGGAUGGGUCGGACAUCACGGGCCUCGAAGAUCAUGUCACCGCUGAUGGGAUUCAGGGUCCUCGAGUCAUUGAAGUGGAUGAAGAAAAGAAGGAGGAGGGUGGUGAUGAUGAACCGCCCAUCCCGCCUGUCAUUGACACUCUGCUGCUCUCUAUACCCCUGACUGUCCUCCAUCUGACACUGGGUUAUCUGGCAGCUCAUCAAUACGCACAGAGUAUUCAACUCAACGCCCUCUUCCGCAACUCCGGUUUCGUCGCCUUUCCAAUGCUCACUCUGCUCAUUCACCUUGCCCAUGGACACAUCAUAUCGUUCAGCCGGGGCGCGAAGGCGGAGACGCUCUCGCUCUUCCCGUGGCAUGCAGAAAAGCUGUCAUUCUCGUUUUUGCGCAAACUACUUUUCCCGCCGACGCUGAAGACAAUGGUCUUCCUGCCUGGUGCAGUCUUGUUAGGAAGCAAGCUCAUGGCUAUGACGAAUGAGGACACGUACUAUGCUGUUAUGAAGCAGGCUCCUGCUGUUGGUACACUCUGGGUAUGGUGCAUCCUCGAGGUGCCAGUAGGAGCCGCUGUCCUCGGCGCUCUGGGACCACUGGCGUGGGGUGUGUUUUGGAAGGGAUAUGGUAUUCUUUAG